AUGACAGCUGGAACUGUUGUCAUAACUGGAGGAAUACUGGCCACAGUGAUACUCCUGUGUAUCAUAGCUGUGCUCUGUUACUGUAGACUCCAGUACUACUGCUGCAAGAAAAAUGGCUCUGACGGCGGCUCCAACUCUCUGCAACACUUUGACUGCAACACCUGCCACGUCUCCGGCCUGGAUGGGACCCUCGGCACCGCGCUGUCACUUUCGCCGCCUCCAGAGCGACGCGCGUCCCGCAAAGGCAGAAAAGCCGCGGCGGGGCGCCGCCGCUACUGCCCCACCUGCUCUCCGUACGACUCCCCCUUCUUCAUCCGCACGGGUGACGAGAUGCGCAACGGAGGCGAGCGCGUCGCUUACAUGCCCACACACUACGAGAACCAAGCGCUGGCCAUGCCGCUCCCCGCCGUGCAAGAGUCCCUGCUGAGGGAGACUCCUCCGGGCAGGGCGCCCGAUUUCUACACCAACACACGAGCCAUCAGCACGGAGGUGUGACACUGCAACUAGAAGUGCUGAACAUACUUUAACACACUUUUACGAGGCUUUUGGACAC